UGGUGACGUGAACGUGCGAAAUUUUUCGAUUUCGAUUUUUUCGAAGUUGGAUUUUCGAAAAUAUUGAUUUUUGCAUACAAUCAGUUUUAUGUGUAUGAAUAGUUUCUAAACAAAUAGCACAAUGGUGGAGAAACCGACGCGAAGCGUUCAGACGCAGCCAAAAAAAUCUAGAUUAGAAAUGAACGUACGGCAGUUGCUAAACAAAUGUGAGCAGAUCGCCAAGGAUGAACCGGUGGACUCCAACUGGAGGCUCCGAAAGUACGUGGAGGCUUUGACUGAGAUGAUGACUGAGCUGAAAACUGGACCUGACAAACCAGCUAAAGAUGAACUUGCUGAGUACACUAAAAGGACUUCUUUCCUGCUAGGCCUCAUACAAACUGCCACUCUAAAUAGCCCUAUUGAAAAGCUGGAAGCAGUCCAGCAGUUGUCGCACGGUGUGGCGACAGUCAGCGCUGAUGCUGCAGCCCAGGAGAUCCACCAGAAGACUGUCGCCAAGUACGGUGUGGAGCUGAGAUCUGAAUUGUUUGGUUUAGAGGACCCAGACGAUGCUCUUCGUAAACGAAACAUAAUAAAAGCGCCAAACUUCACGAGCAACAGCAGCAGCCAAGAAGACAUAGACUCCUUGCUGAAGUACCACCAGAAUAUGCAAGAGAAGGUGGCUGAGAACAUGGUCAUGCUUACGAGGAGUUUGAAGGAGCAGUCGCAAAUCGCUAGCACGAUUAUUAAAGCCGAUACUGAGGCGUUGAAGAAAUCGUCUGACCUGACUGACCGUAACAUGAUGUCUUUGAAGAAGGAAUCCACCAGGCUACAGGAGCACAGCCGGAGCGCCUGGAAGUGCUGGCUGUGGAUCAUGAUAGCCGUGGUCGUAGCUAUCUUUAUAAAUAUGGUGCUCUUCAUGAAAGUUAUGAAGAAACGAAAAUAUGAACUAUAAGUGGUAUGUAACUUUAGUUUUUUGUAUGUUAUUUAUCUCUGUGUAAUCUUAAUACAUACCUGUUUAAUUAUGAAUCAUAAUUACGUAGUCAAUGUUACAGUUAGCUCUAAAUGACACUUUAAAAUAUUUAUUUAUUAUGUAUACCUACGAGAUUAUAUCUAUGUGUAUUGUAUUUAAUGUAACUUAUUUAAUAUAAUGUAAAUAUAGUUUUAAAAACAUGGCUAAUUAAUUAAUUAAGGUGCAAUAAAUCU